UUCUGAGCAUCAGACAAUGCCAGGAAUUGUAGGGGUAUGGUAGCCUAUUCAGAUAGCUCUCCACACAUGUGUUGCAUUGCUUGACCAGACGCCUGUGGGGGGGAUUAACAAGGCUGAGGUUGAGCUGUCACAUAAACGAGGACAGGAGGCUUGGUGUGGGGGGAUUACUUGUUAGGCGGGGGUCUGUCCUCUACGGAUAAUGCAUCAAAGCAUCAAGCUUCGCUCUCUCAGCCUCAGCUGUCCGGCUCGUUCAUCAGAUGAAAUGGAUGCUGAGUUAGGGGGUCAAGGAAAUGGAAAGCCGGGACGACCAUGUGGGUCUAACCUUGGUAGGAGCAGAGGACUCCGGACUCAUCUAAGCUGCCUCUCACAGAAGUCUGAUUCACUAAGUGAUUUCUCAGCUUUGCAGUGUGAUGGUAAACAGAGCCAGGCUUUGAAAAGACUGACUGCAGAAGAAGCCAGGAGAUGGGCACGAUCAUUUGACCUGCUUUUGUCUCAUAAAUAUGGUCGGUCUGCAUUUCGAGCCUUUCUGCAGACAGAAUUCAGUGAGGAGAACCUGGAGUUCUGGGUGGCUUGCGAAGACUACAGGAAGACCCGUUCUGUCAACAAACUGCCUGCAAAAGCUCACCGAAUUUUCCAGGAGUACAUUGAUGUUCAGGCUCCCAGAGAAGUGAAUAUUGAUUUUCCAACACGUGAAAUGACACGAAAAAACCUGCAACACCCAACUUUGUCUUGUUUUGACCUUGCCCAGUUGCGGGUACACAGUCUAAUGGAGAGGGAUUCCUACCCAAGGUUUCUUCGAUCACAAAUUUACAAUGACCUCCUCAGCCACACUCAGAAGAGUCCAUGCUAGUGCCUCAUAGUGCCACUCUAGCAAAAAGAGAGAGGUGGCUAGAAAGAGACACUCAAGCUUCAUGCUUGCCCAAGGACUUUCUUGCACUACGGUCAGGACAAGAGAUGACCAGGAUACCAUUGCUUGAGACAAUAACAGCAUCCUCACUGCCUUCUUGAUGCAUUCCAUAAUUCAAUGGCUUCUCUCAUGUUAUGUAUGGACUAUUAAUUAUAAAGGUACUGCCCUGAUGUGAGUGGCAUAGAGGCAAGAGUGAAUGAUCCAGAAAGAAUCAUAGAGGCACAAGGGAAGACUGAAAAGGACAUAGAAAGUCACCCGUUAUUUUUGUAUUUAUUUUCUUAAAAUAAAUCAGGUAAAGAGAGUCUGGAUUCCUAGAACAAACUGUGGGUUGUAUCUAGGCAAUCCUAGUUUCUUUCUGUUCACCAUGGCAAUAUGUACACAUUUGAAUGAUUGUAUGAUAUAGACUGAUUUGCAAGUUUUUUUGUUUGUUAUUUUAGAAUAUUGUAAAAUAUGGAAAGUUCAUGCAUGGUUGGUCAAAGAUUAAUAGGAUUGGACUUUUGAACACAGGGUGACACAGUAGUGAUUACAAAGUUGAAUGUUGGCGGUGAACUUAAACAAAGUAUAUUUCAUAAGCUUGAUUUCAAUGGGCAUGGCACAGGAGAGAAGUCGAAUAUAGUGAAUUGGCUACAUAAUGGAGAGUGUUUGCCAUCACUAGUGACCAGUUCUGUGAAUCAUCAGCCCAAUGGCUGCUAUGCACCUUGAGAAGUAAAUUCAAGGUUUCAGUAAAUAUGUGUCAACUGUAUUCAAUCUUCAUUAAUCAUUUGUUACCAAGUAUCAUGUGAGCUAUAAAGGGUUUGACUGGGAAUGCUAAUGCCCCUGUGUUGCCAAACAUUUCUCUUUUUAGUGUCAAGUAACGGAUACUGCUAUUGCUCAGGUCAUAAGGCAGUGAUCAAUAGGUCACGAUAGAUAAUAGGUAAUCCAGUGGAAUCCAUUAGUAACAGGUUUGCCCACUGCCAAUCAAAAAUACACUGCUGUCAGAAUAGAGCACAAAAGACCACGCUGCCACAUAAGAUUAAGUCUAGUCUAGUAUAAUACCAGAGAAAUAUUAAGACUAUAGCAGUCCUGGGAAUCCAUUAGUGGCUCGAUGCAGUUUAAUUUAUUCAAUAUCAAUCUUUCAGUUUAUUUGCAAACUUUUCAUUAGGACAUUUUUAGAUUCAAAAUAUUAAUUUUUAAAAAAACAUUUUUGAAUAAAAUAAAUUGUUUUCAAGCCAUUUAAGAAGUUCCAGAAGUGCCAUUGUUUCAGGUCCUGAUUUCCUGCCAAUAGGAGCACUGGGCAUAGAUUUUUUUUUUAGUGCUCAAUUAUAAGAUUUCGGGGUGUUAUAUUUAAAUAAAUCAGUGAUCAGUGCACAAUUUAGCAGUUUACUUGAAAACAGAUUGGUGUAGUACACAUCUAGAAUAAGGAUGUAUCAAUUUCUACAGUCGCAAAGUUUCCAAAGAAUGCUGUGCCCUUUUGUUUAGGAUAAUUUAUUUUCAAAAGAAUGUUGUGGCCUUAUAUACAGGGUAGAGUAAUUUCAGGAGAAUGCUGUGUCUUUAUGAUAUAAUGUAGUUUUUAGGUGAUUGCUGGGUGCACUUUAUACAGGAUAGUGCAGGAUAUUGCAGAUCCAGAAUAAUGUAGAAAAGGACGUGCAGGACCAGAAGAGCGAUGCGUCCUAACAAAAGGAGUCAUGAAGGACCAGACGAGUGUCAAUAUAUACAGUGCAUUUCCUGGGAUAAGAGAUAGAGUGCCCUUACUUGUAGGACAAUACAGCAGAAUGGAAUUUCUAUUACCAAUAAACUCUAGAGUAAGACCAGAAAAGGUCUUUAUUUAUUUAUUCUGGGUAGAGCUGGGUUUAGAGAGAAAAGUACAGAUAUUCCUAUAUUUUAUUGGAAGUGCAUGACUUGAGGAAACUUUAUGUCAAAGGCCACUAAAUAGCCCGGAAACGUGAUCAGAUUUUAUUUUCUGGGUCCUUUUUAUGCUCUAUUUUCUUGGUAUAGCUAUUUCUGAGGAAUUGAAAGCGGUCACUUAUAGCUUAGCAUUAUCUACUUUUUCAGUCUGCGCUCCUAAAAUGGAUGUAAAGCUAAAGGGAAACCGGCAACUCUACAGUGAAACAUUUUUAUUAAAUUGCCACUGAAAUAAGAGAAAAAAAUAAUUAUUUUAAAACAUAUUUUUGUUAUAAAGGAAAAAAGAACAAUGGGAUUUAUUUACCAAAGUGUAGAAUGUGACACCUUCAAAACCAAAUAGUUAACUUAUAUGACUUAAUGUUUGUGCUUGCUUUGAGUGCACAAGUACAGCUCAACAGAAAUUUUCUUUGUAAAAGAAAUUGCAAUAUUUAGUCAAAGUAAGCUGGUUGUAAUUAAAUGAAAUUUUGAAGUUGUGUUUUUAAUUCACACUUUAGGAAAUAAACCCUGUCAUAUCAGCCUAGACUCCAACAAUAAAGGAAAGUGCAAUAAUUGCAAGGUAAAAGAAUCGUAUGAAGUGCAUGACAAUGUUAAAUAGUGGUGCUUUAAAGAACUUAAGAUGUGAUCUUUGCAUUGUGAUAGUUAAUUUACUAGUAAAUGUGUAGAUAUUAAGAGUCCUUUCUGGCUUCUAUCUCUGUCUGCAAAAUGUCCAAUAUACUAACCCGUACAAUCCCUUAAUCCAAAAAUUGCAAUCCCAGAAUGCUUUGUGUGAACGAUUUUUUUUUUUUUAAUUGCGACAAGAGCUUUAUUGGAAAGGUGUGUGUACAACCCGUAAAAGUGACCGAUAUUUGAAACUUAGGUAAGAGUAGAAUGUGGCGUUCUGUUCAGGAUUGUAAUAUAUAGCAUUCCUGCUGCAAGUGAGUGCAAGCCCCCCUGAGCAUAUCACUAGGUAGGUACGUAAGACAUACAGUUCAUGGAUGGGAUAACUGGAAACUGUCAAUCCCUGCUCUCUGCACAUUAGUUAGAUUGGAGCAAAGAGAUUGAAACUCGCUAAGCUAUGGAUUAUUUGAACUGUAGAAUUAAAGAGAUUAUGUAACUAGGGUUUGGCAGGAUUUAUUUAGAACUGUAGUAAUGAAUUAUAAAAGGUGCACAUUCUAACAAAAAAAUGUUCGUCACUGAGCAGUCAACGCUUAAAGAACAACUGUCACAUCCAAACUAUUUUAAUAUAAUAACCCUUUCAUCAAGUUUUGAAAGGAAAUUAUUUUUUUAUUAAAUUAAGUAUAUGUAAAAAAU